CCGGGCGCGCGCGCGGGGCGGCUCGCGGAGAACUGGUGAGCAGAAAACUUGUUUUUAAUGAAAUACCCGGCAGGGGCUGAGAAACAAAUCAGAAAACCCAGCAAAAAGCUAAUGUCAUCUGAAACACCCACAGAGGUGCCAAUGGAAAAUGCCCUGUUUCCUGAAGUUCCUGAUGUGGAAGGAAAGGCAAAGUCAAAUGACAAUCCAGUAGAGGGACUGGAGGCAGGCUCUGGCAAGGAAGAAUGCCUUGAGUCCAUGUCCAAGAGGCAAAGGAAGAAGCUGUUGAAGCAGAAGCAGUGGGAAGAACAGAAAGAUCUACGGAGGCAGAAACGAAAAGAAAAACGCCAGAAGAGAAAACUAGAGCGUCAGUCAAAAUUGGAUUCCAGUAGUGAGGGGAAUGACAGGAAGUGCAUGCGCAGGGAAGUUGUUCCUAGCACACUUCGCCUCAUCGUGGACUGCAGCUUUGAUGACCUGAUGGUGUUAAAGGAUGUUAAGAAGCUUCACAAGCAGAUUCAGAGAUGUUACGCAGAAAACCGCAAGGCAUUCCAUCCUGUGCAGUUUUACUUGACCAGCCAUGGGGGACAGUUGAAGACCAACAUGAAUGAAAAUGACAAAGGAUGGGUGAAUUGGAAGGAUAUCCAAAUUAGAACAGAGCACUACAGUGAGCUAAUAAAGAAAGAAGACCUAGUAUAUCUUACCUCAGAUUCCCCAGACAUUCUCAGAGAGCUUGAUGAGAAGAAAGCCUAUGUGAUUGGAGGACUGGUGGAUCACAAUCACCACAAGGGAAUUACUUACAAAAAAGCUGUAGAGCAGGGAAUUGGUCAUGCACAGCUCCCACUUGGAAACUUUGUCAAAAUGAACAGUCGGAAAGUGUUAGCUGUCAAUCAUGUGUUUGAGAUCAUCCUUGCAUACCUGGAGAAGAGGGACUGGAAGGAGGCCUUUUUCAGCAUCCUGCCACAGAGGAAAGGGGCUGUUCCUUUGGGAGAAGCCAAUGAUUCAUCCAAACAUGCUCUGUCUGGAAAAGAAGAUGAGGACAAUGACUCAGACAGCAACUAGGCUUCAGAAUCAGAUGAUGGAUAGAUGAAACAUGCAGUUUUUGGAAUAAAACUGGGACAUGAAGCAGUUUUACUUCAAAGACCAUCUGCCCUUGUAAUGCUGAAUUGUCUCAGUGCUUGGUAGAGCCAGAGCUGUUUCUGUGCAUGAAGGCUUAAGUUAAAUGCAGGUUUUUACUCUGAAACUUCAUUAUAAUAGCUUUUAAAAGAAAACAAUAAUGGCAAAUGCAGCAUUUUUUUUUCCCAGGGAAGCUGUUUAAUUUAAUUUUUUAAAUAUUAUUUUUUAUACAUACCAAGUUGGGUGUAAAUGUCAAGAGCAUCAGUAGUUACUAUUUUAAUGUAUGCAUUCCUGUCUCCAUUUCUGUUCAAGAGUUUUCUUAAAAGCAAUGUAUGGCAAGUGUUCCGUUGGCUCCAAAACCUGUACCACUAGUGCCUGCUGCAAAGCGUGCAUCAACACUCAAAACAAAAAUUCUGACUUUCCUGAGCAUCUCAACAGACAAUCACAAGCAACUGAACUGCAUGGUUAAUACAUUGUUUUUCGUUAGCUGGGUUCAGUAGGUGAAGUAUGUGGGGUUAAGCCAGUGCUUUAUACUUGAGCUUGAGAGGGAUGGUGUUAGCACAGAUGCAAAAUAUGUGCCUUGGUUGGCACACUGCACACUGAGGUGACUCAAUUACUUUUGAUUUUUUUCUUCAUAUUCUCAGGAAAAUUGAUCACACAGCCUCAGAACACCACCAGGAAAGAGGAACUCUUCCUUACAGGUCACUCAGAUUCAGUAUUCCUGUGUAAUCACAUGAUCCUGUGUGUAUUGUGUUGUCUAUCAAAUACUUCUCAUUGUUAAAAAAAGUCAUAAUCUUAGUCUUGGCUGGAUGUUCUGAUUCAUCAAGUGACUACUGGCAAAGUAGUGAAGUGGACACCUUGGAAGUGAGGCUUUGCUUCAGCCCUGUGAACCCACUUACCCCUUUCUUCUCCAGGGAGGAGCUAGGUAGCUGCAGUGCCUAAGUGCAGCUCUCACACAUGAGAAGAACAUGAGGACAUGGCAUCCCAGCUGUUCCUCUCUGCUGAGCUGCAGAGGGCUGAUUCAAGUAUGGCUUGCCUUGUGCCUGUUUUUAUUCCUCCCCUGAUGUUAUUGGUUUCAAGUGGAGACUGCAAGUGGGAUCCCUGUCAGUCCCUAUGGUCUAUAAAGGCUUGGCAAUCAACUGGUUAUGACUUGCACACUUAUUGCACUUCUCUAUACUUUCUAAAAGGCCGAUAGAAAAGUUUCUUCUGUUAAAAGGAUGCAUUGUGGUUUGUUGCUGAAGUUCCACAGGGCUUUUGUUAGGCUUUAAAAACUGUGAUUGUUUUGUUGAAGAAACUAGAUCAGUCUUUUCAUAAAAGCACUGCUGGUUUUACUUCUGUAACAAAAAAGGCAGCAUAAAUGUACCCACCCAAAUCUGUU